AUGACCACACCACACUACCCAACAACAGCCACGACCACACCAGCAUUGAACGGAAGCGACCACCGCCAGCGAGGUGGCACCACGACAAUCCACGAGCGCCCACGACAACGUGGCCGAUCCACGGGCGCCGCCAUCAACCAGGGCCCACCACAACCACCACACCAGCCAGCCACGAACGACACACCACGCGCCCACCAGCAUCAUCAACAUGACACCGAUGCAACGUGGCAGCGAAACGACGUGGGAACGAGGUGGCAAAAAGACGACGACGACGCGACGUGGGUACGAGGCGACAACGCAAUGACGACAACGCGACAACGACAACGCGACAUGGGUACGACGGCAACGCGACGUGGUGUUGCCGCGGCUUUGGCUUUUAGCUGGUUCAAGUCACAGCUGAGCUGA